AUGAGUGAUCUUGUCACCAUGAGCGUUCCUUAUGCUGACAUCGACGAACUCAACGAAACUUUCGAUGAGUUGCUGCUUGACAGCGACGCUGAAGUUCCCGAUGGUGUGGAUGCUGAUGACAUGACUCCUGCCGUUGUCCCUGAUACUGAAGCUGAUGAAUCCGAUUCCGACGUGUCAGAUUACGACAGCAACGACGAAGAAGAGGAAAACACUUGGAGGAACGAUGCUCAAGAACAUGAGAGAUGGACCUUCAGCGAGUCUGUUGGAGCUGCUCCAGAGGUGGACAACUGUGAGACGCCGCUCCAGUUUUAUGAGUUGUUCUUCUCAGAAGAACUCCUUACCAUGAUAGCUGAUCAGACUAACGUCUACGCUCAAGAAAAGCGA